AUGAGUUAUUUUGACGACGACAAGUACGGGGAUGUAACCGAUCCGGUGGGAUCAGCAUUUGAUUCGGGUGACAGCUUCCAGCCUCAAGAUACAUCCGUAACAAUCCCACAACCAUCAGAACAACCGAAGUGGGCCAUGGCUCCUCGUAUUUUUCCUUCGAGUCAACAAGAAGAACACGUUGAAAUUAAUGAAGCGCCUAUUUAUCGAGCUCCAGAAAUCGUUGUCGAUUCGAAGAUAAGUUACCUAGGGACAAUCGAGAAAAAAUUCAGAGCUAAAAAGGGAGACGAUAUCCAAGUGCGAAAAGAACGACUUAUUCAGUUUUUACAGAUUAUUCAAAACCGCCACAUUACUGUCUUUCAAACUCCAACUCUGGAACCAGAAUUUUAUCUCUCUGCUGACAAUUUUCGAGAAGCAGAUCCUGAUUUCGUUGCAUAUGUUAUUUCUAAAAUUCUUCCAGGCUGCAAAUUGCCGGAAACCUUAGUCAAACCCUGCAAUUUUUACGACGACCGUCUCUAUCAGUUUUCGAUUCGAAAAACCGCCUGCUGUUGUUUAAACAAGCCAGAGUGGGAUGACUUAAUGCCGCCUUCAGAAGAGGACCUGAUGAUCAUGGAAGUUACUGGUUGGACCAAAAGACAGCUUUACAAAGGGAUGAAUAAGGCGCAAGAGGAUCUGAUGGGACAAUAUGUGUCAACAAUUUUUUUGCGAUUUUUUCUUUACAUCUUCAUUAUUCAAGUUGUGACUAUACUGAGCUUGAUGAAAGCUGGAAUUAUUUAG